CCCCCCCCCCCGCCCCGGGGGUGCAAGGGGAAGCUCGCCUGCGCCGGGUCCUCCCCGCCGCCAGGGGGCGCUGCGGCGCGGACGGUGCCUUCCCGCCGGAGCGUCCGGCCGCGUCUCUUGUUCGCGCCCUGCCUGAAGCCGGCGCCGGGCAAUCUCAAGAUGGCGGCGCUGGGGCUGCUGCUGCAGGCGGCGGCGGUCUGCGGUUCGGCCGGGCCGCUGCGCCUCUGCCGCUGCUACCGGGCGGCGCCGGGGACGCGGGGGCUCUGCACGCGGCUGCCGGCGCCCGAGAGCCCCGACGAGGGGAGGCAGGAGGAGGAGGAGCCGCUGCCGGGCGCCGAGGAGGAGGACGCCGCCAUGGUGAAGGAUUCCAGAGACUUAUUAAAGGAAUUUCCACAGCCUAAAAACUUGCUCAACAGCGUGAUUGGACGAGCCCUGGGCAUUUCUCAUGCAAGGGACAAGCUGGUGUACAUCCAUACUAAUGGGCCAAGAAAAAAGAAAGUCACUCUGCAUAUAAAGUGGCCCAAGAAUGUGGAAGUGGAAGGCUAUGGGACCAAGAAGAUUGAUGCCGAGAGGCAGGCAGCAGCUGCAGCAUGUCAGCUCUUCAAGGGCUGGGGUUUGCUGGGCCCCAGAAAUGAGCUCUUUGAUGCUGCGAAGUACCGGCUUCUUGCCGACCAGCUUGGCUGUCCUGAUGAGAGGUGGUGCUCGGAGGGCAAGUGGCGCUCCAAGUCUGGACCUUCUCUUGCCGACUUGUCAACCUGCUGGCGACGGAUGGAGCCGGACGAUUCCAUCCAGCCCAUGGAACAGGGCAGGAUGCCUAAAGCAAUGAGGAGAGAAGAGCUAGAGGAAGGGGAACUGGAGGAAGGAGAGCUGGAGGAAGGAGAGCUGGAAGAAGAAGCAAUCGAUGUUUCUGAUUAUCUACCUAUGGCGCAUCAGGACGCUCGUAUCCCAGGCAGAGAUGCAAGCCGAGGAGGGAGUUCCAUUGAAAUGACAGACGACAACACUGCCAUCCGUGCCCUGACGCAGUUCCCACUUCCCAAAAAUCUCCUGGCCCAAGUGAUUCAGAUUGCAACCUCUUCCUCCACAGUCAAGGAAUACAUGCAGUUCCGUACAGUAGGCACCAAGACCAAGAUCUGCAAGCUCACGCUCCGUUGGCCCUGUCCAAUGACUUUUGCUGCCAAGGGCCGUCGCAAGGUGGAGGCGGAAAACAAAGCAGCAGCAUUGGCCUGUCAGAAGCUUAAGAGCCUUGGCUUGGUGGACAAGAACAACAACCCCCUCAGCCAUGCUAUGUACAACAUGACUUCACUCCGGGAGCUUGGUGAGAACCAGAGGAAGCCCUGCCACAUCAAAGUCCCCGAAGCAACCCUGCGCAAGAUUGAGAACUAUCUGAAUCAUUAUCCAGUGGACAUCAGGGAAUCCAGGCCCCGGAUUGCCGAUGACAUGAUGAACCUGAGCAAAGAAUCUGGUGCGAUAAGUGAUGCAAUCACGGGGAAGACAUAUAUACCCAUGUUGGAAGCAGAGGAAGUGCGCCUUAGCCAGAAUCUCCUGGCCCUCUGGAAAAGGAGAGGAUCCUCGUGGCAGGAGAGCCACCCGCUGCCAGUUGAUCCUCACAAGGACACCAUCCUAUCAGCCAUUGAGCAGAACCCUGUAGUGGUAAUAGCAGGAGACACAGGCUGUGGGAAGACCACAAGGAUCCCUCAGCUCCUGCUGGAACACUACAUCCUGGAGGGACGUGGCGCCCGCUGCAACGUGGUGAUCACUCAACCAAGGAGGAUCAGCGCCAUCUCAGUCGCCCAGCGCGUGGCACAAGAGUUGGGUCCCAACAUGAGGAAGAACGUGGGCUACCAGGUGCGACUGGAGAGCAAGCCACCCGCCAGGGGAGGAGCCCUGCUCUUCUGCACCGUGGGCAUCCUGCUGCGCAAGCUGCAGGGGAACCCCAGCCUGGAGGGCGUCAGCCACGUUGUGGUCGAUGAGGUCCAUGAGCGAGAUGUCAACACUGAUUUCCUGCUCAUCCUGCUGAAAGGCAUCCAGAAGCUCAACCCUGACCUGCGCCUGGUCUUAAUGAGUGCCACGGGAGACAAUCAGCGUUUCUCGCACUACUUUGGGGAUUGCCCUGUGGUCAAGGUGCCAGGUUUCAUGUACCCAGUGAAGGAGUACUAUCUGGAGGAGAUCUUGGCUAAGCUGGGCCGGCACCGACACCGGCACUACGAGAUCAAGCAAUCGGAUGAUGAAUGUGUCCUUGAUCUUGAUCUGAUCACCGACCUCGUACUCCAGAUUGAUGCCCACGGAGAACCAGGUGGGAUCCUCUGCUUCCUCCCUGGUUGGCAGGAAAUCAAAGGAGUGCAGCAGCGCCUGCUAGAGAUGCUCGGAUCUCAGAACAGCCGGUACCUCGUCUUACCAGUGCACUCCAACAUCCCCAUGAUGGACCAGCAAAACAUCUUUCAGCGGCCUCCACCCGGUGUCAGGAAGAUUGUCCUAGCCACCAACAUCGCUGAGACCUCCAUCACCAUCAACGACAUUGUCCACGUGGUAGACAGUGGCACGCACAAGGAGGAACGCUACGACCUAAAGACCAAGGUGUCCUGCCUGGAAACGGUGUGGGUGUCCAAGUCAAACGUGGUGCAGAGGCGAGGGCGUGCUGGCCGCUGUCAGUCGGGAUUUGCCUAUCACCUCUUCCCUCGCAGCCGCCUGGACAAGAUGCCAACUUACCAGGUUCCAGAGAUCCUACGCACCCCACUGGAGAACCUGGUGGUUCAGGCCAAGAUCCACAUGCCAGAGAAAACAGCAGUUGAAUUUCUCUCCAAGGCUCUGGACAGCCCUGACAUCAAAGCUGUGGAUGAAGCAGUGAUCUUGCUGCAGGAGAUCGGAGUGCUGGACCAGCGAGAAGCCCUCACCACUUUGGGCAAACGCCUUGCCCAGAUCUCCACAGACCCGCGGCUGGCAAAGGCCAUUGUCUUGGCAUCCAUCUACCGUUGCCUCCACCCUCUGCUCGUCAUCGUUUCCUGCCUCACCCGGGACCCCUUCAGCAGCAGCCUGCAAAAUCGUGCAGAGGUGGACAAGGCCAAGGCUGUUCUGAGCCGGGAGAGUGGGAGCGAUCACCUCGCGUUUGUCAGAGCUGUGGCAGGCUGGGAGGAGGUGCUGAGGCGCAGAGACAGUCGUGCCAGGGAUAACUACCUGCAGGACUAUUACCUGUACGGCCCCAGCCUUCGCUUCAUCAAUGGCCUUGUCAAGCAGUUCUCCGAGAACCUCUACGAAGCCUUCCUGGUGUCAUCCCCAUCUGACUGCACCAUGCCCUCAUCCGUAUGUAACCAGUACAGUGAAGAGGAAGAACUGGUCAAGGGAGUCCUCAUGGCUGGUCUCUACCCCAACCUCAUCCAGGUGAGACAAGGCAAAGUGACCCGUCAAGGGAAGUUCAAACCCAACAGCUAUGCCUAUCGGACAAAGGCUGGCACCGUUCUGCUCCACAAGUCAACGAUCAACAGGGAAGCAUCCAAGCUGUACAGCCGCUGGCUAACAUACUUCAUGGCGGUGAAGUCCAACGGUGGGGUGUUUGUGCGGGACUCCUCCCAGGUCCACCCGCUGGCCGUGCUGCUCAUGACCGACACGGAUAUCCAUGUCCGAGAUGAUGGCUGGCGAGCAACAGUCUCCCUGACAGACAGCGAUCUCCUGGUGCUGGAGGGAGACUCCUACACCAUCCGCCUCCUGCGUGAUUUCCGUGUGUCGCUCUCCAAGAUGGUGGAGACGUGCCUGUGCUAUGAGAUGGCAGCCAUCCCCGGGGACCUGCACCACCAGCACAGCCAGCUGCUCGACAUCCUGGUGGAUCUGCUCAAAGGCCCUCCUGGCAGCUUUGGCGCUUAGGCAGAGCUGGAGGAUUGUGUGGGGACUUGUAAUUUGUAUAAAGAUGUUCACAAAUGUUUAUUUAAAUAAAGUUCUAUUUAUCCCUUGUGAAGUCAUCUCUCUCCAUCCUAGAAGAUUAAUGUUGUCUGAAUCUCCUGCUGUCGGCUCCGUGCAUGGUCACCGCAUAGGAAGAACCAGCGCAGCACCGCCUGGAAUGGACUGGGAGUGCCGACGGACCCUGCCGCCAGCUUUGUGGACACCCGCCUCCUCCGCUCUUAACGGCGUCAGCCCCCGACCUGGACAGCGAGGACGCGGCUGCUGCGGGCCGUCCUCUGCCCCAUCCCCACAGGGCCGGGCCGGAGCAGCUCUGGUGCGAGAGCUACUCCCGGCUCAAGAGGAGGACGGACGUCUUGGCUUGCGGCUGUGCCUGCUCCGGGAGCCGGGCGGAGCGUGGAUCCGGCAGCUCUGGCGCAGGGGGGGUGAGCGUUGUCGUCUUCUCCCCGCGCCGGCUGCCCUGAGGAUGUCGGAGGGGAGGAAGCCCUGAAGGCGCCGGAUGGAGGUGACGUUCCCCGCGGGAUCUCUGAGCCUCACAGCGGGGCCCUGCCACCCCACAGCGCGAGCGCAGUCGUGGCGUUAUGAGUGUGAGAUGUGACUUGUCGUUCCUAAUCUGCCUGUACUUUUUGUCCUCUUGCGUUGUUGUUAUUAUUUUUUCUUUUUUAUUUCUUGUUCUCCCUACGUCAAGGAGGCCGGAUCCCUGUAAUUUGUGCAACACAGGACCUGAUUGUAGACGGCAGUCUGCCUGUGAGCGCUUUCUCCUGCGGGAAGCCAGGAGCAUAGGCACAAAAUUCUUUGUUUUCUAUGAACAGGGACCAUAUUUCUGUGGAAGGAGGAUUGUGACAGGCACAGCAUUAAAUAAGAAACCUGGAGUUUAAUCCCAGCUUGGCCUUUGGAUUCCCUGUCAAACGAAGACAGCGACCUACCUCACAGGGCUGUUGUGAGGCUUCGUUAUUGUUUGUAACGCAUGCGAGCCCUUGAGCUGGACACUGCGGGAGAGGAACAAGCACUUCACAGGAGGGUUGUGCCCUGACGGGGCGGGAGCGCUGCAGGGCUGCGAAUGGUGCCGCUUUCCCCAGCAGCUGGGCAAAAGGCAGUGACGGGGCCGGGGAUCGUUUGUUUUUAUUCACCAUUUCUUAUGCUCUUUGUAUCUGAAAUCAAGGCGAGGUUUGACCGCGCCAGCCGGGGCGCGCUCGGCCGUGCUCCGCUGGGUCAGGAAGGGGCAGAAACGUGUGAGCUGAGCGCGGGUGCGAGGCUGCGGCUGUUUCUGCGUGUGGGAACGAUGGCGAAGGGCUUCUGCCCAGCAGCCUCUGCCCCGCGUUGGGGAUGGGAGCUGCCUUCCUCGGGGCCCAGUUGUUCUCUACUAAGAUUUAAUUUACUCGUCAUGGGCUUUAAUUAAACAGAGCUGUGCCCUCUGCCAUCUGAGCUGAUGGACUGGAGCGGGGCUGUGUGGGAGGCUCCAGCGGCUGUGGGCAAAAAGCACAAGGGCCGGGGGCUCGUGGCCGGGGCCGUUUCUGUUGGGCAGCUCCUGGCCCCGCUCCCGCAGGCGGUGGUGGCGGAGCCGGCGCCGGGGCCUCGGGCCUGCAGCCUGUGUUCGCUCAGAACUUCUCAUCUUCAUUUCACUUGCUUGAGGUUGUCACUAUUAUUUGACCAGUGUUUGUUUCUUUUUUGGCCUGUAUAAUGGGCAGUAUGGUUUUCCCUUCCAGCAGGUUUAAAAAAAAAAAAAAGAAAAAGAAAAAAAAAAAGACUAAGCUAUUGUCUAAAUGGUUCAGAACUAGUGUGAUAUUGGGAUACUUCAGUGGCUGUUAUGUGAUACUGGAUCUUUUUACAACAUAGAUUAAAGACAAUAAAAAGGGAUAGAGUAG